AUGAAACACGAUGUACAGAAAUGGUUGAUUUCGGUGUAUACCGUUCUUUGCAUGGUAUACACAAUUGCAGCUGGAGCCUGCAAUGAGACCAUUGAAGAGUGUCUUAGGUCGACAAGUUUUAACUUAACGGAUGAGCAAAGGCUUCUUACCAAGCUUAUGGCAUCAUAUAACAAACAGACACGUCCAGUGUUUAACGCAUCACAUCCUGUCAAUGUCAAGGUCGGACUGACAGUCACACAGAUAUUUGACGUGGACGAGAAAAACCAGGUGAUCACCGUUAAUGUUUGGCUUGACCAGGAAUGGCAUGACGAGAAGCUGUCGUGGGACCCUGCCGAUUACAAUGGUCUGUCUGUGAUGAGAAUUCCCUGUAAUAACUUGUGGCUGCCAGACAUAGUCCUCUACAACAGUGCAUCUGACUACAACGAAAAGUACAUGGAAGCAUUGGCUAUGGUGUCAUCUGAUGGUCACGUGUUUUGGCCGCCUAUCGUCAAGCUUCGAAGCUCAUGUCUAAUGGAUAUCACCUAUUUUCCAUUUGAUGAUCAGAUUUGUAAGAUGAAGAUGGGAUCAUGGGCAUACGACGGAUUCCAAGUCGAUAUCCUCAACAGAUCCACAAACAUCGAUCUUACAAAUUACGUGGAGAAUGGAGAAUGGGAACUUAUUAAUACAAGCUCUGUUCGAAACGUUGUGACGUAUCCAUGUUGUCCUGAACCGUUUCCGGAUGUGACGUUUUCCAUGCACAUCCGGCGCCGAACGACCUACUAUAUGUAUAACGUCAUCAUCCCGUCUGUGAUGCUUUCGUCGCUAGCCUUACUUGGAUUCUGGUUACAUCCUGAUGGCGGAGAGAAGGUGACACUUGGAUUAACUGUUCUACUUGCUUUAUCCGUCUUCAUGUUACUUAUAGCGGAGAAUACUCCUGCUACCUCGUUUUAUGUUCCUCUUUUAGGUGUCUACCUUAUAACUACAAUGUCCUUCACCUCAUGCUCCGUCAUUGUUGCUGUCACAGUCUCCAACAUCCAUGCUCGAGGAUCACGUGAUAUGAAAAUUCCAAAAGGAGUCAAGUCAUUUGUUGUUUGUAUUUCAAAAAUGAUGUGCAUGAAAUUACGAUACAUAGAGAAUGGCGAAUACCUUGGCGAAAUUAUCUCCGGAGGACUGCAGAAGUCAACAAAUGGGGACGUUUGUGGCAACACGAAUAGAGUUCACUGUAGUGAGAACCUCACAUCAUUACCUGGAUUUGAAGAACAGGGUAAUAUACAAAUAUCUACCGUGAAUGGCCCGGAUGUAUACAGCGCGUCUAUUCUACAAGCCCUUCAGUGCCUUAUCGAUCAAAGUAAUUCGCGUGACAACGAGGAAAUUAACCGACGACAGUGGGAAGAAGUGGCAUUCAUAGUUGACAGAUUCUUUUUUUGGGUGUUCCUUCUAGGAAUGAUUUUAUCAUCUGUGUAUCUACUCGCGUUUUCACCGCUGUUGUUAAAGAAAAUUUCUCUGUAA